AUGGCCACCGUCAACAUUCGCCGGGAUGUCACCGAUCCCUUCUACCGCUACAAGAUGGAGAAGCUCCAGGCUAAGGUCGAGGGCAAGGGCAACGGUAUCAAGACCGUUGUCGUCAACCUCAACUCGGUUGCCCAGUCCCUGAGCCGUCCUCCUGCCUAUCUCAUCAAGUACUUCGGAUUCGAGCUUGGUGCCCAGGCUAACGCCAAGCCCUCCGAUGAUCGUUGGAUCAUCAACGGCUCCCACGACGCUCCCAAGCUCCAGGACUACCUCGAUGGGUUCAUUGCCAAGUUCGUGCUUUGCAAGAAGUGCAAGAACCCCGAGACUGAUGUCAACAUCAACAAGGAGGUCAUCACCUUGGACUGCAAGGCCUGUGGUCAGCGCUCCGAUGUCGACCCCCGCCUCAAGCUGAGCACCUUCAUUGUUCGCAACAACCCCAAGGGCGGCAAGAAGGACAAGAAGAAGUCCCGUCGCGAGCGUGAGAAGGAGAAGGCCGCCAACGGAGAGGAUGCUAGCCCCGGUGACAGCAACAACUCCGAGAACGGCGAAGAUGGUGACGAGGCUCUCGAGGCUCGCAGUGAUGAUGAGAUGACUCGCCAGGCUCAGGCCAUCGAGGCCGAGGCUGAGAUCGAGGAUGAUGACUGGGCCGUGGAUGUUUCCGAGGCUGCCGUGAAGGCUCGUGCCAAGGAUCUUCCUGACGAUCUCAAGCGUGCUCUCGUUAUCGAGAACGGCGAUGACGAGGCUGACGGCUCCUCCUCGUACGAGCAACUGGGUAGCUGGAUUGUUGAGACUGCUGCUGAGAAGGGUGGUGUCACCAAUGUCAGCGAUGUCGAAAUUUACAUGAAGGCCAAGGAAUUCGGCAUCGAGACCAAGCACAAGACUUGCGCCGUCUUGGCUCAGAGCAUCUUCGACGAGAAGAUCGCCAAGCAGGUCGAGGCUCGCGCUGGCUUGCUCAAGAAGAUGAUCAGCUCCGAGCGUCACGAGAAGGCUUUCCUCGGUGGUACCGAGCGCUUUGUCGGUCAGGAUCACCCUGCUCUGGUUGCUCAGGUCCCCGCUAUUCUGCUCGCCUACUACCAGAAUGACCUCGUGUCUGAGGAAACCCUCAAGGCCUGGGGUGCUAAGACGAGCAAGAAAUACGUCGAUGUUUCGACCAGCAAGAAGAUCCACAAGGCUGCCAAGCCCUUCAUCGAGUGGCUCGAGACUGCUGAGAGUGACGAGGAGAGUGGCAGUGAGGAGGAGAGUGAUUAG